CCUCUUGUAACUUUGGUUGAGUGUUCUGUAUUGACAUCGUAUGUCAAUAGAUUUUGUCAAAUCAGUCAUUAAAAAUAAUUAAACUGUUUAGUAAAUUGUGUGGUAAUAAUUUGUAAAAAAAUAUUUUUUUGUUACGAAAAUGAAGACUAUACUUUUGGAGUUAAUUUGAAAAUCUUCAAGGUAAAUAAGACAUCGAGAGUGAUGACGUCGAAGGAAGACUAUGUAACCUUAAAAGUGCAAAAAGUAUAUAGAAAAAAACGUUUUUAUUUUAUUCUGUUGUCGUUAGUUAUAGUGUUUUGAUAUGUCUCACUUCGGAGACUUUAUGGACGGUGUUCCCGUAAAAAUAUCAGAGAAGUAUAAAAGACCGCCACGAAUCGAAUUGCCUUAUAGUGUUACAGAGUGUACUCUGCGAGCGCAAAGUGUUGUUAACGUCGUCAAAUAUUGUUCCACAUUCGAACAUAAUGUACUUUCUAAACUUAAAGAACUCAAGAGUGCGAAAGAAACGAAAAAAAAUGAGAGACGCCAUCGUUUACAGUUGUUAGAAGAAGCAAAACAGAAAAAAUUAGAUGCUAUAGCUGCAGCUGAGGCCGAGGAGAAGUUGAAACAGCUAAGUGUUUCCGAGGUAUCAUACCCGAGUACUGACGAAAUAAGUGCCCUAUCUUCUGAUGAUAAACCAGAAAAGAGCUCUGAUAAUCCUCAACAAGACAGUAGUCCGGAUGUUGAAAGAACAAUUAAUACUGAUACAGAGUACCCACACACUUCCACACAGGAGUCCCAGCUAAACAUCCUCCAGCCAAUACAAGUGCAGUCCAAUUACCAACAAAGUAGCUUGCUUGACGACCCUGAUCCCUUACAAGAAUUCAAAAUGCAAACAAGAAUGCCAAAAUUACAACAAUACAGUCAGAACAUUGAUACUUUAACAUAUAAAGAUUUUGAAAAUGAUACAUCAAGCCCCUUUGAUAAUGUAGAACUGAAGACAAUAAAUGAUAUGGAAUUAUUAGCUCAGGUUUUGCAGAGUCAGAGGGACUCGAUGGUCAGCUGUCCAGCUCAGACGUUUAGUCAGGAUCAGGUUUAUCCGGGCUAUGCUAAUUGUGCCACUCAGGCUCAAAUGGAAGGUGUAACUUAUUUGCCAAACGCAUAUGUAGAGCAGCAGAUCCAGGGACCAAGUGUGAUAUACUCUUCCCCACAGCACUAUCCAGCAUCAAAUGGCUAUUAUGUGCAAUCGGAUUCUAUCUGUGAUAAUUUACCGGUGGAAAAUGUUUACAUGCCCAAUUACCAGUAUUACGUUCCUGCUCAGCCAUAUACAACACCUUAUUAUGGUACCCAAAUGCCGACAUGUUCAAGUGAACUGCCAGUUCCUAAUGGUUCGUCGUACAUACCUCAGCCCUACUACUACUCGUAUCCUCAAGGCCCCCUGCCGUAUGUUGCAACUCCAUUUAACGCCAAUUUAGUUCCUGAAAUCAAUAAUCAAGAAACCAAUCAGUCUGUGGGUUCACAGAACACAGUUAAGUCUCGAUCGAGAAGUGUACCUGAUAUUGUGAGAGAAUUGAAUGAAGAAUUAGCAUCAGCACGUCAAAGAGCAAAUGAGCAUUCCUAUACUCCAAGUCCUGCUCCAGUUAUUAUACCGAGAUCAUCAUCGAGCAGUGAUAAAAGAGAUGAUGAAAGGAGGAAAAGAAAAAUAGACAAGUUACCAAAUCCAUAUGAAAAAUUGUCACCAAAAAUGCAGACUAUAUGUAAAAAGAUCCACGGUAUGGGAUUUCCAAUUGACAGGGUUGCCAGGGUGUGUAGUAUUGUGGGUGAAAAUGAUAAAAAGGUGAUCGAAUGUCUUUUGAUUUUGGGAGAGUUAAUAGAUCUUGGAUUUCCUGAAGCAAGGGCAUCGGCAGCGUUAGUUAAACAUGAAUUUAACAAAGACAAGGCUUUGGACGAACUUGUUUCUUAACACAAGGAUAUAAAGUUUAUUUUGAAAGAAACAGAUCUACAGUGAAGUGUAAGAGUUAUAAAUAUAUGUUAAACGAGAUUAUGUAUAAAUAUGUAAUAUUCAGUAAAUAUGUACUUUAGAAAGAUAAAAAUUUCGGUUUCCUAUUAAUAAAUAUAAAAUCAUUCACAUUCAUUCAUUUGUAGGCCUUUAAAUAAUUUGUAAAUUUCUCGGGAAUUUCAUUUACUGUAAAUUUUCAAGAUAAAAGUAAGUAAAGUAGUUUUAUUCUAUCUUUGAACGGCAAAGAAAUUGUAAUAUUGUAAAAAUACAUGAUGUAUUUUAAAAUCGUUUAUAAUAAAACCAUUGAAGUGUUCUUAAACUAAACAUGGAUGGUAUUAAUUUAAAUUGUUGUAAAUUUUAGUAAUGGCAAUACUUAGGAGUGAAUUAUAGUAAGGUUGUUAGUGAUAUUCUAUUUCAAUAGAAUCUGUACAUAUCUUAGAAUGAAUAACAAUAUUUAAAUUGUUUUUCCAGUAAACAAAAAAGAAAAGCAAUAAAACUUUAGUAGUUU